AUGACGAGCGGGCUCAUAUCGAAACCUGCACUGAUAGCGACCAACAUCGCUUGUCUUGCUAUCACGACAGUGUUUGUCGUCGGGCGUGUCGUUACGGCAUUUACAAGGCGCAGCAAAAACCUUCAGCUCACCGACCUCUUCGUCUAUCUUGCUUUUAUCCUCUACCUGGCCAUGUGGGUGUGUUACCUGCUUCUCAUCACCCCAACGUUCAAAAUCUACGCGGUUUUUUAUAGGGAACGUCGACCUUAUCCGACAAUGACUGAUGAUGCUGCGCUUAUGCAGAGGCUCAUUUUGCCGGCACAAGUGGCGUUCUAUACGCUACUCUCCUGCGUCAAGGGCUCAUUCCUCAGCCUCUAUCACAACCUCCUACAAGGCCUACCAGGAAUCUACAGAAGGAUAUGGCACGGUAUCGUCCUUUUCGUCAUCCUCUCCUGGCUUGGAAGCCUCCUCAGCACGCUUACAAUCUGUUCGAGUAUGAGAGCUCAACUAUCGGAGGGGAGGUGUGGGCAGACACCAGGAGAGCAGAAGAGAACUGUCUUUAGUCUGUACUUUGCCUUCGCGGUCGACGUUGCGACUGACAUAGCUGUCAUGGUCUUACCGAUCCGCCUAACGUGGAACCUGCAGAUGGACCGUGGACAGAAGAUUGGUAUCAUGGUUCUGUUUGGAAGUAGCUUCAUAUGCAUCGUCUUUGCAACUUUACGUGUCGUUCAGAUCGGGAGUCGACCAAAUCGAAUUCGGGGUGGGACGCCCGAACUAACAUGGCUUAUACUCUGGACUGUCCUUGAGACCUCUGUAGCAGUUAUUGUUGGAUGCUGCCCCGGCUUUGCCAUCUUCAUUCGCGGCCUUAUCACAAGCAAGAAAGUUUCCGGUUCCCCUUACAAUGGCUACGCUCGGCGGCGUGGCAGCGGAGAGAUAUUCAACAUGCAUAGCAGGGUUAACGCCAGCCGGCCGAAACCAGAGCAUCAUCCUCGGCUGCCAAAUGCGCUUUCGAAUAGACUGUGGGAUGAUGCGCAUAGUAGUCAAGAGGAGCUCGCAAGGGACACGGGGGAUAGAAGAAUUGUAGCUACCACGAAUAUCUGUAUAAAUAAUACUUAG